AUCAGGAUCAGGAUCAGGAUCAGGAUCAGGUGUUGGUUAUUUUGUGAUGACAGCAGGUGACUGACAGCUCAGUAAAGUUUAACGGUCAGUUGGUUCAAAUGUUUGAGCUUCAAGUUAGUGCAGAGUCGUUGGUCGUUAAUGGGUUAAACGGCGGCUGUUCAAGGUCGCCACAUUCGCUGACCUCAUAGUAUUUAAGUGAUGAUGCGGCAGGAUUUAAUCAGACUGCAUUUCAGCCGCUAACGAGACCUCAGGAUGUCCAAGAUGCUGCAGCGGGUGGCGGUGGUCGGUGCCGGAGCGGCGGGACUCUGUGCAGCGAGACACAUCCUGUCCCGUCUGAAUACCUUCGCCCCCCCGGUGGUGUUCGAGCUCACCGACAACAUCGGCGGCACCUGGUGUUACGACGAACGAGUCGGGACGUACGACAACGGCCAGCCGAUACACAGCAGCAUGUACCGAGACCUCAGAACCAACCUGCCUAAGGAGGUGAUGAUGUUCCCAGAUUUCCCCUUUGAGAACCACCUGAAGAGCUUUCUGCCCCACCAGGAGGUUCAGAGGUACCUGGACAGGUACUGUCAGAGCCACAACAUCCGGCCCCACAUCAGGUUCAACACAGCUGUGGAAAAAGUGAUGCCUGUUGUCAUGACAACCAAAGAGCAGGAGACAAAGACAGUGUGGGAAGUGAUAUCAUCUGACUCAUCAGGUUGUCAAAAGACCGAGUGCUUUGACUCUGUCUUCAUCUGCUCGGGGCACUACUCAAACCCUCACGUCCCAGACGUACCUGGGAUAGAGAACUUUACAGGAAAGGUGCUCCACAGUCAUGACUACAGGUACGCAGAGCCGUUCUCGGGUCAGUCAGUGGUGGUCCUGGGAGCCAAGGCUUCAGGACUGGACAUCUCCAUCGAGCUGGCCAAAGUUGGUGCUCAGGUGACUCUGAGUCACGGACUUCCUCGUUUCACCUUUCCUCUUCCUCCUGGCAUUCGACAGUCCAGUCCAGUGGUGGCGGUCGACCAGGAUGGCAGUCUUCGCUUUCAGGACGGGUCGGUGGACACAGCUGAUAUUCUGAUGUUCUGCACGGGCUACAACUUCAGUUUUCCGUUCCUGGAUGGGGCUCAGCUGGGUCUGGAGAUCCAGGACCAUCUGGUGUCUCCGCUGUACCGCUUCCUGAUGCCCCCAGCCUUCCCCUCACUAUUCUUCAUUAGCAUCUGCAAGAUGAUCUGCCCCUUCCCCACCUUCAACUGUCAGGUCCAGUUUGCCCUGGCCGUGUUGGACGGCUCAGUCACUUUGCCGCCUGUGGCCCAGAUGGAGCACGAGGUCCGGCAAGAGCUGCAGGAGAAGUUGGAGCGGGGGGUCCAGCAGCGCCACCUGCUGAUGAUACAGCAGGAUCAGUGGGACUACUGCCAGACGCUGGCUCAUAUCGCUGGCUUCCCACCGCUGCCGCCGGUCACUCGCAGCCUGUACGAAGAGGUUUGGCGACAGCGAAGAAUACACCCCCAAGAAUAUCGCAGACUCAACUAUAGGCUGAUUAGUGACACCGAGUGGGAGCUGAUCAACUGAUGAUGACAGAUUUAACAGAAAAUUU